UUUUGGACACCCGUUGCUUUCUUCUUCUUCUUAGCUGUACGCUGCAUCUCCGUGGUACCCCACCGUGCACAGUGUUUUUCCGUGACAGCCAUCAGAGCGGUGCUGCGCACAUUUCCCACGGGUGUAUCACUUGAAGACGACACGAUGGCUCUCUCAGCAAACGGACGAGGCAACGGCGCCAACGCCACGGUCGCUCAGCGACUCCAAAAAGAGCUCAUGGACAUCAUGACCAAGCCCACGCCGGGCAUCACGGCCUUUCCCGACGACGAGAACAUGACGGUGUGGACGGCGACGAUUGACGGCCCCGCCGACACGCCCUACGCGAACCUCGUCUUCAAGCUGUCGAUGGAAUUCGCAAACAACUACCCCUACAGCCCGCCCACGGUGCUCUACAAGACGCCCAUUUACCACCCCAACGUCGACUUCUCGGGCCGCAUCUGCCUCGACAUUCUCAAGGACAAGUGGAGCGCAAUCUACAACAUUACAACUGUGCUGUUGAGUCUGCAGAGUCUGCUAGGAGAGCCAAACAACUCAAGUCCUCUCAACGGCCAGGCUGCAGAGCUCUGGGACAAGGAUCCCGCCGAAUACAAGCGUCUGGUGCUUGCGCGCCACAAGACACCCGAGGAGCUGGAUGGUUGAGAGGUGCGGUGAACUGCAGUGUUUGUGUCGGUUGUUUCGACGGUGCUCAUGGUUUCUUUUUUUACUAUCCCGGUAACAUUUGAUAGCUGUUACUGGACGGACAGGAAGGCCUGACAGCAAAAGUCGUUGUUAUGCAUCUUCAGCGAAGGCGUUGGGCGUG